AUGUCUACCAAUCAUUCCACAGCUGGCGAGAUCGCCAUCGCCGAAGAUAGUUUAAGAAUAUGGAGCUGCGUUACAUGUCGGCGUCGCAAAGUGAAAUGCGACAGAAAAGACCCUUGCUCUAAUUGUGUCAAGAACCAAAUCGAAUGCCACUUUCCCGUCACUGGUCGUCUUCCACGCCGACGAGAUCCCGCGGCGUGGAAGUCCCCAACUGAGAAGCAAGCCGAACUACUAGAUCGAUUGAGGCGCCUUGAAUCACUCGUUACAGAACUUGCAGCACAAGUGGAAGACGGCCCGGACAAGAUCCAAUCCCUAUUCACGGGGCCAUUGACCAGUGCCACAGUUGGCGAAUUGAUAUCUGCCAUGAAAUCUUCAUUUCAAGGAGAGACAAAUGAAGACUUUGGAAGAUUGGUUGUUGGAAAAGAAGCCGGUUUGCAAAUCGGAAAGGGUUUCUGGUCCAUUUUCUGCAAUGAGGUUGAGCACAUAUUUCAAGGUAUUCAAGAUGUGACUUCCGAUAUAUCAGGCUCAAACCUUGAGGCCACUUCAUCGAACAGCCAAAGACAAUCACAUAGCAUCUACUCGGACUUUUAUUUAGGAAACCAGUAUACAAGAGAUGUCCCUCAAAGCCUCGAUGCUUUAUACCCCCUACCAUCACAGAUGUUUUUCAUCUGGAGGACAUAUGUAGAGAACGUUGUUCCAUUCAUUAACGUCAUUGAUAUUGCAGCUGUGGAAGAGGUGGUAAAUAAUUUGAGGGGCAAUUUUGACUCCCUUGAGCCGAGCUUGCAGGCCUUAUUAUUUGCGGUAUCCUUGGCAGCAAUCACAUCAUUGGAUGAAGAAGAAACUCUGGCUUGUUUCGACACACCGAGAAUUGGGCUAAUUGCUCGAUUUCGCCUUGGAACAGAGCGGGCGCUCGCCAAUGCCGAGCUGUUGAUGACGAGAAAAAUUGAAACUAUCCAAGCAUUCGUAAUAUAUCUCUCGCUUCUACCAUACAUUGGAAGCCAGGAACUGUUAUCGCCAUUUAUGGGCCUCUUACUAAGGAUUGCGACAUCUUUACAGCUGCACAGAGAUGCUGAAAACUUCAAAAUGCCUACUCUGACCAAAGUUGAGAUUGAGAUACGUCGCCGACUGUGGUGGCAGAUUAUCUUCCUUGACUCAAAAUCUCGAUCAAAACGUACAGCAGGAUUGUCAGCAUCAGAUACAAUGUUCGACACUAAAACUCCAAGCCAUAUGUUGGAAGAUGGUAAAGGAGCAUUCUUGGAUCCUUCUAACGCACAAAACCAGUCUAUUGUUUGCAUCAUACGGUGUGAAGUAUGGCUAUUGUCUCGUUUCUUGAACGCAAAUCGGCCAAAUCCCUUGGAGCAGAAACUCGAUGCUUUCAAUCGGACAAGAUCAAGGCUAGAGACCUUAUGCAUGCCAAGUGUAUCAUCAAACCAUGCUCUAACAUCUCUAGUCAAGACUAUGACAUCACUUGUGCUUUCUAAAGUCGAGCAUGCGAUAUAUCUACAGCAUCUUCACAAUCUGAAAGAGCUCUCUCAAAUGCCAUCCCAGGAAAUGAUGCAACAUCAUUUAGACUUAUCAAUAGAUAUCCUCAAACAAGCUCAUUGUCUACGAACAGAGCCUUCUUGGAAGAGAUGGAGAUGGCAACUACAAGGAGACUUUCCAUGGGCUUCAAUGAGCGUGGUGUUCAUCCAGCUCUGCCAGUCUCCCUGGUCGGCGAUUUCUGAGAAAGGAUGGGCACUAACACACCUAAUUUUUGAAGAAACCAGAGACAAAGUAAAACUUAGUCCAUCCUGGAACAAGUUAAACAAGCUUAUUAUCGCCGCCGAAGUCCAUCGAGGGAGGAAUCCAGCAGAGGGGACAUUACGCGUGCGUUCCCAAAAUAAGCCAUAUACAGCCAGCCUCAUCAAUACGGAGGAGAGCAUCAGUGGUGCUUCCGAAACCUUAGUGACUCAAUCGGCCAAUACUCAUAUUCCGCUCGAUUACCCUGAGUCCAGCCAGGCCGCAUUCGACAAUAGGUCAGAGAUUGAUGAAUCGAAUAAAUUUGAAUCUGCUAUGGCAUUUUAUCCUAUGGAAUGGCACCCAUGGGAUGAGGGACUCGCCAGUGACAACGAAUUUUUGGACUUCGAUUUUGCAAAUAUCGAAGAAUCGCUGGAACUAUAGCGGAAAGAGGUCAUUAGUAAUUAUAAAUACCUAUAAACAAAAGGGGGGAUUGUUCCAGAUGAGUAAAAUUACGCGGAGAAUAUUACAGAACAGUUUUCAAAUCAGAUAUUUUAUCGUAGGAACUGCGCUAAAACAGGAUGUGUUUUUAUAUCCGAUCUGCGGCGGAUAUAGCACGAGGACUAGAUUCCCCGAGUCCUGAGGUCAAUCGGGCUCCUUCGCCUUCCCCUAGCCUCACG